CACUUACAGAAUGAGCUGAUCCGGAAGAACGACCGGGAGAAGGAGCUGCUGCACUUAUGCCAGGCCCAGCUGCCGCAGGCCUCCCUGCUGAGACACUACCAGGACAAGAUGCAGAAGAUGAAGGGCCUGGAGGACACCGUGCGGCACCAGGAGAAGGCAGGCGAGAACCUGCCUGCCCACCUCUCCUCCGUGCUGCUGGCUGAAAACACCAGGCUGCAGGCAGAGCUGGAGAAGAACCAGCACCAGUCGGCCCCCAGGAUCCUGCAGCAACAGGCCCUACCGGAUCUCCUGGGCAGCAGCUCUUCAGACAAGCUUAACCUGCUGGCCAAGCUGGAGCGCGCUCAGAACCGGAUCUUGGCCCUGGAAAACCUGCUGGAGGACUCGGCGCGGCGCUGGGGACGGGAGAAGCAGGACCUGGCCACGCGGCUGCAGGAGCAGGAGCACGGCUUCCAGCAUGCCUCCAGCCUCGUCCUCACAGACCCGGCUAAUGUCUUCAUCUCCUCCACGGACCCCCAGCGGCCCCCCAAGCUGGAACCCCAGCAGCCGGGCAAGCCGGCGGCCUCCCCGAAGGAAGCGGCCGACUCCCCCCACACCUGA